CGCGGUGGGGUCCCGGGCCGAGGCGGCUUGUCGAAAACGAGCAAGGAAAGACACUGAAAAGGGAUCCGAUGGCGGCGACGACGCUAACGAACCGGGUUCAGGACUCUGUGACCUUCGAGGAUGUGUUCGUGUACUUCUCCAGGGAGGAGUGGGGACUCCUUGAUGAAGCUCAGAGACUCCUGUACCGCAAUGUGAUGCUGGAGAACUUUGCCUUGGUGGCCUCACUGGGUUGUUGGCAUGAAGCAGAGGAGGAGACACCUGAGCAGAACGUUUCUGUGGAAGGAGUGUCACAGGUCAGGACCACCCAGAAAGCCCACCCUUGUGAGAGAUGUGACCCAAUCUUGGAAGACAUUGUACAGCUGACUCAGCACCAAGGAUCACACCCCACGCAGAAACCGUACACGUGUGGGCCAAGUGGGAGAGACUUCUUGUCUGGUGCAAACUCUGACCAGCAACAGGAGCAACACAGGGGAGAGAAUCCCUUCAGAAAGAAUGAUGGUCAAGCUUCACUUGUGAAGAGCUGUGCAGGCAACAUGUCACGGUGGCCUUUCAAGUACAGGGAGGAAGGAAUGGAUGUCCUGGACAGCCCUGGCCUCUUCCAGCAACAGACCACUCACACUGGGGUGAGUCCAUCCAAAAGGACUGAGUGCGUGGAGUCCUUCCCACUCAGCUCCACUCUAGGGCAGCACCAGGGUGCCCACACUGGACAGAUGGUGUUCAGGUAUAACAACUAUGGGGAAGCCUUCCUGAAGACCUUCGCUCUCCUCAACAACUGGAUCGCUCAGACUGAAGAGAGACCCUUCAGAUGCUUCACAUGUGGAAAUGCCUUCAAGGAGAAAUCAGCUUUUAUUAAACACAGAAAAACUCACAGUAGAGAAACAGCUCAUGUGUGUAAGGAAUGUGGAAAGGCCUUUACUCACCUGUUCCACCUCAGAACACACCAGAAAUUUCAUACUGGAAAAAGGCAUUACACAUGCAGUGAAUGUGGGAAGGCCUUCAGCCGCAAAGACACCCUUGUUCAGCACCAGAGAGUUCACACUGGAGAAAGGUCUUAUGACUGCAGUGAAUGUGGAAAAGCCUACAGCAGAAGCUCCCACCUUGUUCAGCACCAGAGAAUUCACACUGGAGAAAGGCCUUAUAAGUGUGGCGAAUGUGGGAAGGCCUUCAGCCGCAAAGACACACUUGUUCAGCACCAGAGAUUUCAUACUGGAGAAAGGCCUUAUGAGUGUAGUGAAUGUGGGAAAUUCUUUAGCCAAAGUUCUCACCUUAUUGAGCACUGGAGAAUUCAUACUGGGGCAAGGCCUUAUGAGUGCAUUGAAUGUGGGAAAUUCUUUAGCCAUAACUCCAGUCUCAUUAAACAUCGGAGAGUCCACACAGGAGCAAGGUCUUAUGUAUGCAACAAAUGCGGGAAAGCCUUCAGCAGCAAAGACACACUUGUUCAGCACCAGAUAAUUCACACUGGAGUAAGGCCUUAUGAGUGCAGUGAAUGUGGGAAAGCCUUCAGCCGCAAAGACACACUUGUUCAGCACCAGAAAAUCCACACUGGAGAAAGGCCUUAUGAGUGUGGUGAAUGUGGAAAAUUCUUCAGCCAUAGCUCCAACCUUAUCGUCCACCAGAGAAUUCACACUGGAGCAAAGCCUUAUGAGUGCAGCGAGUGUGGGAAGUGCUUUAGCCACAACUCCAGCCUCAAUUUACACCAGAGAGUCCACACAGGAGCAAGGCCUUACAUGUGCAGUGAAUGUGGGAAAACCUACAUCAGUAGCUCCCACCUUGUCCAACACAUGAAAGUCCACACUGGAGCAAGGCCUUAUGAGUGCAGUGAAUGUGGGAAAUUCUUUAGCCGCAACUCCAGCCUCAUUUUACACCGGAGAGUUCACACUGGAGAAAAGCCUUAUGUGUGCAGUGAAUGUGGGAAGGCCUAUAGCAGAAGCUCCCAUCUUGUUCGGCACAAGAAAGUGCACUCUAGGGAAAGGUCUCAUGAGUGCAAUAAUUUUGGUGACCCUUUAGCUGCAUCUCUUUAACUUGCCAACACCAGAAUAUUCACAGAGAAAGGUUUUAUGAGUGCAUAAAUAUGCUGUCUCCUUGUUGAACCUAGUAGGGCUCACACCAGUGAGUACCCUUUGUGAGAGAGCCAUCACCCAGCAGGUGUGCUUUGUCUGUUCAAAUGCCCACGCUAGGGAGAUUCCCAUUGAGUGCCACGUGCAUUGGAAGCUGCUACACAUUGCAUUGCAGUUUCUAAAAUGUUCUGGGUUCUUGUCCUGGGUUAUGUCACUGCCAGUGACUGUGGUGGAAGCUAUCUCAUUGCUACCGGCCAUCAGGGUCCCAGUGUGUGUUUGUCACUCCAAUAUGUUCAGGGAAGACAGACCUUUGUAUUGUCUCUCCUUUUCCCUGGAGAGAAUCACGAGUGUUUUGAGCCCGCUUGGGGGUCCUCAUUUCCUCCCUUAUGACUAUUUUCUGAGCAGACAUGACCUAGCUCCGGCCAAAAGGUUUUGAGCUGGAAUCUACUAGAGGCUUCCAAAGAAGGUGCCCCUUCUUCAUUGAUGGCAUUGGCUGUACAUGUGAUAUCUCUGAUGGAUUUGUCCUGCUUCCAAGUCACCCAGCCUUGUAACUGCCUGCCUCAUACUGCUCUGGUUCUUACAACGAUAAAGACCUUAUUAUGUAAGCCUUUACUGUUCGGAGUCCUGUUUACUGUGUGGAGUGGAUUGAGAAAAUAAUUGGGUCUGCCAGCAGGAAGGUGGGAACACCUUUGGUGGGGGCCUGCAACUUUAUGUGCCUAGAGGGGUCAAGAGGAUGGCAGAGAAAAGGUCCCAGUCGAGUUUGCCCAAGACCUUCCAGGUAGAACUGAACACUCGGUGAACCUAAUCCUGUGGCCUGGUUAUGAGGAUUUCCUAUAAGCCCAGAGAGCAUCCUGAGGAGGAGAAUGUUGGUGGCACCACUCUCCAGUGCUGCUGAGAGCAGCGUGAGUUGGUUCCCUCAUUCCCAGGGAUUGUCCCACAUUGCCCUGCACUAUGGAGGAAUCGUUAUCUCCCAGACCUGUACGGCAGCCAGUCCACUGACCAGAGUCCUGUAGGCAGGUGUCAUUGACUGUACGAGCUAUGGGUCAGGUGGGAAUCAACUGGUGCAGAGACACUGAGUACAGAAAUACUGAGAUAGUGGGGAAGACUGGCAAAUGAGAGGGAGUGUGUCCAUUAUAAAGUUAACAUUCGCAGAUGUCCAUGUGAUUAUUGCUGUGUGGGAUGCGGGUGUACGGAAAUUUUCAAGACCUGCCAACCUCUAUCUUCUGUGACGUGGCUGACAAUCUGAAGGGUUCUGGAGGCCUGGAGCCUCCCUAGAGUGUUGAACUUUAUGGCCACUGCUACAUAGGCAGAAAGUCCAGGCCUGAGAGAAAACAGGUCCUUCAGGGGUGGGACUUCUCUGACCCAGCCACCAUUCCCGGCAACUGAAGUGGACACAGUCUUCAUUGUGCUCCAGUUUCUGCUGCCAUUGACUCCAGGCUUACCCUCCAUGUGGUGGGAAGAGGGGUAUGGUAGAAUCAAAAUAGUUGACAGAUCUGAUUUUCCAAGAGACAUGGUGGUUGUUGGGUGCUAUUGAGUCCAUUUCAACUCAUAGUGACCCCAUGUGACAGAGCAGAACUUCCCUAUAGGGUUUUCUAGGCUGUAAUGUUUAUGGAAGCAGAUCCCCAGGUCUCUCUCACCUAGAGCAGCUAGGUGGGUUUGAACCGCCAACCUUUUCAGUCAGCAGCUGAGCGCUUAACCAGAGGCAUGGUAGAUAAAGACAUUUUAUGCAGAAUGUUUUGUUUGUAACAGCUUUAUUGAGUUACGAUUGACAUGCAAUAAACUGCACAUAUUUAAAGUGUAAAAUUUGAUGUUUUAGCAUGUGUAUACACCUUGAAAACCAUUACCACAAUCACAAUAAUGAACACAUCGAACACACUCAAAAGAUUCGCCAUGUCCCUUCAUAAUCCCUUCCUCUCAAUUCUGUCUAAUCUCCUUCCUUGUAGUUCACAAGCAAAUCAUUGAUUUGCUUUAUGUCCUGAUCCUUUUUAUAAAAUUUUAUUUAAAUGGAAUCAUACAGUAUAUACUCUUUUUAUCCUGGUGGUGAUGGAGCGGGGGGCCCUAGCUUUCUUCACUAAGCAUAACUAUUUUGAAAUUCAUACAUGUUGCACGUAUCAGUAGUUCCUUUUUAUUGCUGAAUAGUGUUGUAUUCCAUUGUAUAGACAUACUACUAUUUUUUUUUUUUAAUCCAUUCAGCUGUUAAUGGACAUUUGGGUUGUUUCCAGUUUUUGGCUAUCAUGAAUAAAGCUGCUGUGAAGAAUUGUGUACAAGCCUUUAGAUGGAUGUGCAUUUUAUUUCUCUUGGGUAAAUACCUAGGAAUGGA